AUGGCUGCACCAGAAAUUACCGGUCGCGCAAGGCCUACAAAGGUCAAGAAGCGUGAGAAUGUCCAGAAACGGAAGCGCGACGAUGUAGAUGUGGAGAAGCUGGAGCAGGCAGUUCAGGACCUGGACCCCAAGCAAAGCUCCCACAAAGACUUCACCGACCUGCCGCUCUCCGACCCGACCAAACAAGGCCUCAAGUCUGCACACUUUGCCGUUAUGACCGACAUCCAGGCCAAGGCGAUUCCGCUUGCGCUCAAGGGCCACGACAUACUCGGCGCUGCGAAGACGGGAAGCGGAAAGACACUUUCCUUUAUCAUCCCCGUUCUGGAGAACCUCUACCGGCUGCAACACGUUGGGCCAGACGCAGGCCUGGGCGCUUUGAUUCUGUCCCCGACCCGAGAACUUGCCAUCCAGAUUUUCGAUGUCCUGCGCAAGAUUGGAAGACAUGGCCAUAUGUUUGCUGCAGGUCUUCUUAUUGGAGGCAAGAGUUUGCAAGCUGAGAGGGAGGCUCUAACUAAAAUGAACAUACUUGUCGCAACACCAGGAAGAAUGCUGCAGCAUCUGUCGCAGACAGCCGCCUUCAACGUUGACGAUCUCAAGAUGCUGGUGCUGGAUGAAGCGGAUAGGAUUCUUGAUAUGGGUUUUCAGCGGGAUGUGGAUGCAAUCAUCGAGUAUCUGCCAAAGGAGAGGCAAACACUGCUCUUCUCCGCUACUCAGUCUAAGAAGGUGUCGGACCUUGCACGUUUGAGUCUCCAGGACCCCGAGUACGUAUCAGUUCAUGCCGAGGACAAGAGCGCAACGCCGAAGGGACUCACGCAAAACUACAUUAUUUGCCCUCUGGAGGAGAAGCUGGACACUCUGUGGAGUUUCAUUCAGGCGAGCAAGAAGUCCAAGAUCCUUUGCUUCUUCUCGUCUGCCAAGACUGUUCGAUUUGUCUACGAGUCCUUUCGUCAUAUGCAGCCCGGUAUCCCACUGUUGCACAUCCAUGGUCGCCAGAAGCAAGGUGCUCGAUUAGACACAACUGCCAAGUUUUCCUCAGCCAAACACUCGUGUCUCUUUGCAACCGACGUUGCUGCUCGAGGUCUGGAUUUCCCUGCUGUCGACUUCGUCAUUCAGGUCGACUGCCCUGAUGAUGUCGACACGUAUAUUCACCGAGUCGGUCGAACGGCACGAUACAACCGAGAAGGACGUGGUGUGCUUUUCCUAGCACCCAGUGAAGAAGAGGGCAUGCUGAAGCGUCUGGAAGCCAAGAAAGUGCCCAUCGAGAUGAUCAAUGUGCGACAAAAGAAGCGCCAGUCAAUCAAGGAUCAGCUGCAGAACAUGUGCUUCCAGGACCCUGCCUUGAAGUAUCUGGGACAAAAGGCCUUCAUGACACAUGUCAAAUCUAUCUAUCUACAAAAGGAUAAGGAGGUCUUCAAGCUGAAGGAAUAUAAUCUCGAAGCAUACGCGGCAAGUCUGGGUCUCCCAGGAACACCAAGGAUCAAGUUCUUGAAGGACGACGACAGCAAGCAGAAGAAACAGGCAUCGAGGCAGACUAUUGAAAUCUCUGAUUCAUCAGAUGCUGAAGAAGUCACGAAGACAGACAAGCCUGUGCGGACUAAGUACGAUCGCAUGUUCGAGCGCAAGAACCAGGAUGUUCUUGCAGAGCAUUACCAGAAACUUGUUAGGAACGAAGACGAGGAGGCGCAGGCAGACGAGUUUAGUGGGGCUGGAGCGGCGACCAACGGAGACGACGAUUUCAUGGCUGUUAAACGACGGAUUCCAGCAGAUGACGAACCCGAGGACCUCAAUACCGACCAGGACCCCAUGCUUCCUGUGGGCGGUCGUGUUGUCCACAUUGCUGGCGCAUCGCAACCCAUUGUUAUUGACAGCCAUCGCCGAGAGAAACUUCUUCAAUCCAAGAAGAAGCUUACCAAGCUCAUGGACAAAGGCAAGAAGCUCGUCUACGACGAUGAAGGAAACCCACACGAAGUUUACGAACUCGAAGACGAAGAGCAAUUCCGCGCCAAAGGUUUGCCAGAAGAGCAACGACAGAAGUUCAUCGAAGCCGCACGUGAAGAAGUUCAAAAUGCCGAUAUCGAAGACAAAGCUACCGCCAAGGCAAAGAGGAAAGAAAAGUUGCGGAAACGCAAAGAGAGGGAAAGAGCUGAGAUGGCUAAUGCUGACGACGAUGCAAGCGAUGCAGGCGUGGUACUUCCAGAUCCCGGCGAAGACCUCUUGGCAAACUUUAGGGCAGAUGCAGAGUAUAGUGAUGACGAUAAGGACAUGUCAGAGGAGGAACGACAAGAGGAGCCACCCAAGAAGCAGAAGAAGUGGUUCCAGUCUGACUCUGAGGACGAAGAAAAGGUCGCAAAGAAGAGGAAGAAGGCAAAGGCCGCGCACAGAGUCGAGGAGCUCGAGACGUUGGAGGAUAUGGAGGCGCUUGCUGCCGGCUUGCUAAACUGA